AUGUAAUUAUUAACAUCUUUAACAAUCAAUACAGAUAAUAAAAGUACUUAGGCUAAAUCAACUAAAAAUUAGAAUACACAAACAUUCAAAGUUCAUUUCUAUCCGAAAUAAUAUAUAAUAGAGACAAAUCAAAAAACAAUAACAAUUGAUAAACAUUUGAUUAUUGAUAGAGAUAAUGGAAAUCUUUAUGAAAAAGGUAAUUUAUGAAUAUAUGUAAGAUGGACCACCACCAUAAAGUGAACAUCAAUAAAUGGCUUUUUCUGCCUUUUUAGGUACAAUUUACAUAUUAGAUAAACCUUUUUUAUUAUUGGUAGAUGAGGCUGAAUUAGUUUGUACAAUAGAUGAAUAAGAUAUAUUUUAGAUUUCAACAGUUGCCUUUUUACCAUAUGAAUCAAAUGAAAAAAUAAUGUAAUCUACAAAAGCUAAUGAAAUUUUAAAAAUGAUAGGAUAAUUAAGAAAAUUAUUGAUUGUAGGUUUUUAUUUUUCUUAUGGAUAUGAUUUGACAUUAUCAAAAGUAAAAUAAAAGAUAGAAGAGAAAACAGAAGAGAAAUUUUUAUGGAAUCUGAAUUUAAUUAGAAAUCAUCUUAAAUAAUAAAUUGAUAGGAAAUGGUUAACAAAUAUAAUAUAAGGUUUCAUUAAUUAUUUUUAUUUGUAUAUUAAUGGUAAGAAAUUAGACUUUUAUUUAAUGAGUAGAAGAUCAUGUAAAAGAGCAGGUACAAGAUAUAAUGCAAGAGGUAUAGAUGAUGAUGGAAAUGUUGCUAAUUUUGUAGAAACAGAAUAGAUUAUAUAUUAUAAUAAUCAUUGUUGUUCUCAUCUUUAAGUAAGAGGUAGUGUACCUAUAUUUUGGAAUUAAAGAGGAUUAAUGACAGAAACAAAAUUAAUGAGAUCUGCAGAAUUAACUAAAAAUGCAUUUAAAAAACAUUUUAAAACUCUAUUAGAAGAUUAUUCAAGAGUUAUAUGUUUAAAUUUAAUGGCAAAAAAGAAAAGUGCAGAAUAGAUGGUUACAGAAGGAUUUGAAGAAUAAAUUAAACUUAAUUCUGAUGAAUUAAAUGGAAAUGUAAAAUAUGAAUGGUUUGAUUUUCAUCAUGAAUGUAAAAAUAAUGAUUUUUCAUAAUCUAAUCCAUUAAUAAGAAAAUUAUUAGAACAUAUUAAAAAUUUUGGAUUUUAUUUAGAAGAUUUAAAAACAAAAAAAGUUUUAUCUGUUUAACAUGGAAUAUUUAGAACUAAUUGUAUGGAUUGUCUUGAUAGAACUAAUUUUAUAUAAACAAAAAUAGCUAUGAGUGUAUUUGAUUUAUCAACUAAAUAAUUAGGAGUAGAUUUCUAAAAUUUAUUAAAAAUGUCACCUAUUGAAGCAUUAGAUGAAGAUUCUAGCAAAAUUACUAAUUAUUUUAUAUAAUAUUUUAAAAAUAUAUGGGCAGAUAAUGGUGAUAUGUUAUCAAUAUAAUAUACAGGAACUGGAUCUACACAUACAAAUAUUACUAGAACUGGAUAAAGAGAUAUUACAGGUACUUUAGAUCAUGGUAGUAAAUCAUUAUGGAGAUUUCUUUAUUAAAAUUUUGGUGAUAAUGAUAAAUAAGAGACAAUUGAUAUAUUAUUAGGUAAUCAUGCUGAUAUUACUGCAUCUUAUAGUAAAUAAAUAGAUUAAAAAUUAAAAUCAAGAUUUUAAGAAUUUUGUAGUUUUUCUGAACGUUCUAUUUUAGUGGUUACUUGGAAUGUAGGUGGAUAAAGAGUUCCAUAAUCUUAUGAUUUAAAUAAAUAAAUUAUUGAUUAUUCUGCUGAUAUUAUAGUAAUUGGAUUAUAAGAAAUGGUUACAUCUGGAACUGGUUUAGUUGUUGGAUCAUCUUCAUAUUUAUAAGAUUGGGAUAAAUUGAUUGCUAAUAAUUUAAGAUAAAGAGAUAAAUAUAUCUAUAUUAAAUCAAAAGAAUUAUUAGGAAUGGGUUUAUUUAUUUAUGCAAAGGAAAGAUUUUAAGAUAGAAUAACUAAAGUUAGUUAUGAUACAAUUAAACUUGGUUUCUUGGGUUAAAUUGCUAAUAAAGGUGCAGUAGUAAUUAAAAUGUUAAUUGAUGAUACUUUGAUGUGUUUUAUUAAUUGUCAUUUAGAACAUGGAUAGAAAAGUUUAUCUACUAGAUUAUAGAGUCUAAAAGAUAUACAUUAAAAUAUUUUUAAUUAAAUAGGUAUAGGAAAAAAGAAAGAAGAGAAAAUUGAAUAAUGUGAUUAUAGAAUCUUAUUUGGUGAUUUAAAUUUUAGAAUCAAUUUAGAAGCAGAAUAAGUAAUUACAUCUACUCAAAGACAUAAAUUAUUUAUAGAAUAAAGUAGAAUACAUGAAUCAAAAGAAAUACUUUAGUAUAUAUAAUUAAUUAUAAUAUAGAUAAUUAUAAAAAUAUGAUGAAAUAAUAAUUAAUAGAGAAUAAAAUUAAUAUCUAAAAUAAUAUAAAGAAGCUGAAAUUAAUUUUCUACCUACAUAUAAAUUUGAACCAUAUUCAAAUACAUAUGAUAAAUUAAGAACUCCAUCUUGGACUGAUAGAAUUUUAAUUGGAUAAAAUGAACAUUGUGAACAUAAAUACCAAAAUUAUAAAUCUCAUGAUAUCAAUUAUAGUGAUCAUAGACCAGUUAGUGCUUUAAUUAAUGUUAAAACUAGAAAGGAAAUUGCAGAAAAAAAAGCAGAUGUUAUUUCAUCAAUUUAUAAAACUGAAUCAUGA